AGGAAUCCCAAAUGCUGGAGUUCCCUCAUCAUGGUUUUGGGCAGUAGCAAUUUGCUGGCAAAAAGUGGGCACCUAAAUCCCUUAUCCCUGAAAGAGCCACCACUUGACUUCCAGGAGGGAGUCCUGGCUGCCAGUGGGAGCCUCUUGGAGGAGCUGAAGGCCAAAGUUAAUGUUUCUUUGCCACCUUCUAUUUUCUCUCCUCAGCUGCACCACGAGGCUUGUCUCAUCAUGGCAGUAAAAGCAGUGCAACGGAUGCUCUUUUGUGACCUUCCAUACCUGACUUCCUUCUUGGAGAUAGCCCUGGCCUUUGGGAAUAACUUCUGGGCUCUGAGGCUGUUACUGGAGCACCUCUCCUACGAAAAACACGUUCUCCAUGGCACAGUCACCCUGAUUUUGAGAGACCUCAGUCGUCAGAAAGCAACAGUGCUAAAACUGUGGCAGAACCUCGGGGCCCAGUACGUGGGUGAGUUCCUGUGCCUGUUCCUGACCUGCAGGCACCAGGAGAUGCAAAACAUUGGCCUCUUCACCCUGAACAUCAUUGCAGAGAACCUGCACAUGUGUCCGUGGGCAAAGCAUCUCGGCAGCUUUUUCCACAAUUCAGGAUUGAGGCACCUCCCCCUCGGCACAGCAGCUCACCACGAAGUCUCAAAGUUCAUACAAAUUUUUGAACAACUGUAAUUCCACUUCAAAUCUUCGGGAAUGUUUUCCAGUUUUUCUGAGCAAUGUCUUCCUGGAGCCCCUUGGUUUUCCUUUGGUUUUCAUCUCCAGAAACAUUCAGCUAAAAACCGACUUCAGGCCGGGACCCUGAGCUGGGAGAGGGACGGAGCUGUGGUUUGGGAAUUUCCUUUCUUGCAGUCCCAUGUGUUGGAAGAGGUUUAAAUUGUUUUUAAGAGGUGAUCCCCAGAGAUUCUGGGAGAGGGACACGGAUGGAGUUGGAGCAGAGCAAGUUUUCACUCCUGUGGUGACAGGACAAGACAAAACUGCUGAGAGGGGAAAAGCUUAAACCAGGAAAAUUCCUGUUUUCCAUGAAACCACGAGCCACUGGAGGCUGAAAGAUGGACUGAAACUCCAGUGAUCCCAGUCUGGGAGCAAAGGAAGACAAAUGUUCCCAUGUGCCAAACUGCACUUUGCACAUUUCAGGGGUUGGGAGGGUUUUGUGGCUUUUGUUAUCCCAAAGAAGCUGCAGUUACUUGAGUUUUCUACCCAGAGUGUAUCGAAAUCAACAGCACAUCAAUUAAAUAUUUUUACUUGCA